AUGGCGGCGCCUGAGAUAAAUCUGGACGACUACAGUGUUUACAGUCACCUGUCUGAUGAGGAGCUGCUGCAGAUCGCUGUUGAGAGAAGCCUUUCUGAAAAACACCCUCCUCCAGACGUGGAUCAGAGCACAUCUUCAUCAUCAUCCUCCUCCUCAUCAUCAUCGUCGUCAGCACCCCCUGCUCCUGCUGUGCCCUUUGGAUCAACCCCAAACCUCAGACAGAGGCAUCCUGACCCCCCCAGACCCCUGAACUAUGUCCCUCUAUCCCAACCUCCACCUCCAGACCACCUCCAUCACUGUCCAAAACCCCCAACAGGCCUGUCCCAGUUCCCCUACGAAGCCCCCAGGAGACAGUUAAGUCUUCUGCAGUCCCUCAUUAUUAACGGAGACUCAGAAGCUCUGAUGGCUCUGGUUGAACAGAGGUCCAGUCACAUGGAGCCGGAUGAUGAAGGCUGGAUCGCUCUCCAUGAAGCUGCUUUUUAUGGACAGCUGCCAUGUGUCACAGUCCUCCUCAGAGCUCAUCCCGACUCGGUGAACAUAUGGACUUUGAAGAAACAGACCGCUCUGCUGCUGGCUGCUGGUCGAGGAAAUGUUUCUUGUGUAGAUUUUCUCCUGAAGAACGGAGCCGACCCAAACAUCGGCAACAAGGAUCAAGAGACGCCGCUGUUCGCAGCCUGUGAGCAACCGAAUGAAGACAUUGUAGAUCUGCUGCUGAGGUCUGGAGCUCAGGUGAAUCGCUCCAGCAUUCAGGGAGGAAGUGCUCUUCAUGAAGCCUGCAGACAUGGACAACUGAUGCUCUGCAGGAUGUUAUUGGAGGCCGGGGCAGAUAUUCAUGCCAGAGACAUCUACGGCAUCCAACCGUUUUUCAUCGCUGCACAGCACGGAUACUCCAACAUCAUCCACCUAUUCGCUAAGAAAGGUGCAGAUAUAAAUGGACAGGCAGGAGAUGGGGCCUCGCCGCUCUUUGAAGCCUGUAAGAACGGCCAUGUUUCUGCUGUGGAUGUGCUGCUGUUUCUGAAAGCUGACGCUAACACAUCCAUGAAGUCGGGCCUGCUGCCUCUCCAUGUGGCUGUUCAGAACAAUCAUUCACAAAUUGUGUUGAUGCUGAUCCCGGUGACCAGCAGGGUCAGAAUCCAGCACAGCGGCAUCAGUCCUCUGCACAUUGCCGCAGAGAACAACAGAGAUGACAUCAUGGAGCUGCUGAUCGAGUCCGGCUUCGAUGUGAACAUUAAGCUGUCGGAGGACCGCUCCAAGAUGUACGAGGAUCGCCGGAGUACGGCGGUCUACUUCUCUGUCUGCAAUGGGAACCUGGAGGCCACCGAGAUGCUGCUUGAGGCCGGAGCUGACCCCAACCUGGACGUCUUCAAACCGCUGCUCAUUGCCGUCCAGCUUGGACGGAUGGACAUGGCAACACUGCUGCUAAGGUACGGCGCCAACGUCAACACUCAGAUCUCCCCCCAGCCUUCCUGGUUCCCGGUGGCCAUCCUGCUUAGAAUGGAGUCCCUGCCCAUGCUCAAACUGCUGCUGGACAACGGCUGUGAUGCUCGGCCCUGCUUCGACUGUCCGUAUGGCCAAAAAAGACAUCCGGCAGUCAGGCCAUCACGCCGUCCCAUCGAAGAAAUGCGGGUCAGCAGAGAUGCACCGCCGCAGCGCUGCAUUCAGUUCUGUGAGGCCGUCUCCAGCUCAUCUUUCUGCCUUGCAGCUGGUCCGAUCAUCUCGAUGCUGCUGGACUACGUCGGUCACGUCCGUCUCUGUUCUCGGCUGCUGGAGGUCCUGGAGAGUCGCAGCGGCUGGGUACCGAUCAAACUGAAAGCCCUCCCUCCUCACCCUCUGAUGCAGCUCUGCAGGUUGGAGAUCCGACGUCUGGUCGGAGUCCAAAGACUCAAACUGAUCCAAACUCUGCCACUUCCUAUGAGACUCAUCCGUUUCCUGCACUAUGACAUCACGGCUGCCUCACCUGAAGUCCCUUGUUAUGAGGAGGUUGCUCCAUAA